CAGCAGAUGAGAGUUAAGAAGACUAACUGUUAUUCUUCUCAUUUUCACGUCUCUUCCUGAUAGAAGUGACAGAAAUUUCAGAGUUGCUGUUCAACACAACACUUCAGAGGAAGACAAAGACAUGUACAAACACUGAGCUGUGAGUGGGUGAAGGACGAUGGCGUCUGUUGAAGAGCUGCUCAUGAAAUCACUGAAGGAGCUGGAAGCUGCUGAACUUAAAGAGUUUCAGUGGCACUUACACAAAGAUCAUGAGUGUAUAUCAAAGUGUGAAAUGGAGAAUGCAGAUAGGGUAAAAACAGUGAAUAAGAUAAUGGCGUGUUUUAGACAAGAAGAAGCUGUGAAGAUCACGGUCGGCAUCCUGGGGAAGAUGAACCAGAAUAACUUGGCUGAACAGUUAGAGAAGAAACACAAGAAAGCUCAGGCUGAGGGCAAUACAAACACAUCUGUCCCUGUUGAUGCUGAUUCAGAGCUGCAAAACUUCUUGAAAACUCACAAAAACAACAUGAAUAAGAAAGCAAAAUUUAUUUUUGAGGGCAACAAAGAAAACGACACAGAUCUCAAGACUGUUUACACAGAACUGUUCAUCACAGAGGGAGAGAUGGAAUAUGUCAAUCAUCAACAUGAGAUUCUGAAGAUUGAUGAUGCUUUCAGGAACAAAAAAACACAGGACAAACCAAUCAAAUGCAAUGAUAUAUUUACUGAACUGAGGAAAAACAAUGAGGAGAAGAUUGUGCUGACCAAGGGAAUCGCUGGCAUCGGAAAAACUAUCUCUGUGCACAAGUUCAUCCUGGACUGGGUAGAAGGAAACACCAAUCAGGAUAUAGGUUGUGUGUUCUUGCUUCCAUUCAGAGAGAUCAACAUGAUCAAAGACAGAGAGGUCAAUCUCCAUGAGUUUCUACUGAAAUUUUAUCCUGAAUUGAAGGACCUGGAGAAAUCAAAGUUAUAUAGGGAAUGUAAGCUAGCGUUUAUAUUUGAUGGACUUGAUGAGAGUCGACUGCCACUGAACUUUAAAAGUGACACACUGGACACUGUUGAGGAAAGAGCAUCUGUAGAUGUGCUGUUCACAAGUUUGGUCAAAGGUAAGCUGCUUCCAUCAGCUCUCGUCUGGGUGACCUCACGACCAGCGGCAGCCAAUCAGAUCCCUCCUCGGUAUGUGGGUUUGUUCACAGAGGUUCGAGGAUUCAUUGACCAACAAAAGGAGGAGUACUUCAGAAAGAGAAUCACAGAUGAGACUCAGGCCUCCAGAAUCAUCUCACACAUUAAGAUGUCUCGUAGUCUCUUCAUCAUGUGCCACAUUCCUGUGUUCUGCUGGAUCACAGCCACAGUACUUCAGAAUAUUCUCAUUGAGAACAGUGCAGAGAACAUCACCACAACACUCACUGAAAUGUACAUUCACUUCCUGCUGAUACAGUUGAACAUGAAGAGUCAGAAGUAUGAUAAAAAAGAAAAAAGGCAACGUACAAAGCUCUUGCGUUCAAAUAAAAAAAUGAUCCUGAAAUUAGCCAAACUAGCAUUUAAACAGCUGAAGAAGGAAAACAUUGUAUUCUACGAGGAAGAUCUGAAAGAAUGUGGUAUUGAUGUGAGUAAAGACACUGAAUUCACAGGAAUGAUCACAGAGAUCUUUAAGAAGGAAGAUGGACUUUAUAAGACAAAAGUCUUCUGCUUUGUGCAUCUGAGUGUUCAGGAGUUUCUUGCUGCAUUGCAUGUGUUCAUCUGCUUCCUGAACAAGAACAAGCGAGAGAUUUGGUUUUUCUUUGAAGAAUCACAAAAUACAGCCAGACAAAAGCUUCAGUUCUUCUUUAGAAAUGUCAAAUUUCAUGACUUAACAAAGAGGGUUAUUGAUAAAGCCAUGGAGAGUCAGAGAGGACAUCUGGACCUGUUUCUGCGGUUUCUGAUGGGCAUUUCACUGGAAUCCAGUCAGAAACUGCUCAAAGGCCUGAUCACACACACUCAAGACACCACAGAGAGCAUCACACAAACAACUGAAUACAUUAAAGAAUUACAAAAACAGGUAAUCUCAGAUGAAACUUCAGUCAACCUAUUCUACUGCUUACUUGAGCUGAAAGAUCAUUCAUUAUAUGAGAAAAUCCAGAGUUAUCUCAGUUCAGAUGCACAUCCAGGAAGAGACCUCUCAUCUUCAAUGUGCACAGUGUUGACCUCAGUACUGCUGAUGUCAGAGAAGGUGCUGGAUGAGUUCAACCCAAAGAGGUUCACAGUGUCAUCUUCAAACUACAAGAGACUCGUUCCAGCUGUGAGAUGCUGCAGAAAAGCCCUUUUUGACGGCUGUGGUCUUGAUGAAACAUGCUGUGAAACUCUGUCUUCUUCUGUACAAUCAUCAAACUCUCAUCUGACAGAGCUGGACCUGAGCAGAAAUCACCUGCAGGAUUCAGGAGUGAAGCUACUUUCUGGUGGACUGAAGAGUUCACACUGUCAACUGAACAUACUGAGGUUUGACAUUCACAUUCACUGAAUCACUAUGUUCAAAUAUGUGGAUGAAUAGAUCUUAUAAUAACUAUAGCUAGUAGAUAUCCCUGUCUAUAUUGUAGUAUGGAUGUAUCAGGAGACAAG